AUGGCCAAUCCUCGCGUUUUCUUCGAUAUCACCAUCGGUGGCGAAGCUGCCGGCCGUGUGACCAUGGAGCUCUUCGCUGAUGUCGUCCCCAAGACUGCUGAGAACUUCAGGGCUCUCUGCACUGGUGAGAAGGGCGUUGGUCGCUCGGGCAAGCCCCUCCACUUCAAGGGCUGCGCCUUCCACCGCGUCAUCAAGGACUUCAUGAUCCAGGGUGGCGACUUCACCGCGGGUAACGGUACUGGCGGCGAGUCCAUCUACGGUGGUGAGUUCAGGGAUGAGAACUUCAAGCUGAAGCACACUGGCCCUGGCAUCCUCAGCAUGGCCAACGCUGGUCCCAACACCAACGGCAGCCAGUUCUUCAUCUGCACCGUUAAGACCACUUGGCUCGACAACAAGCACGUCGUGUUCGGCAAGGUUGUUGACGGCAUGGACGUGAUCAGGAAGGUCGAGUCGCAGACCGUUGACGCUGAUGACGCCCCCAGGAAGAAGUGCGUCAUCGCCGACUGCGGCCAGCUCUAA